GGGCGGGGCUCACGGCGGAAGUCUCCGCCCGCUCAGGUCACGUGGGAGGCCUUGAGCUCGCGCCCAGGAAGCAUGGCACUCUGGCGAGCAUACCAGCGAGCCCUGACUGCUCACCCGUGGAAAGUACAGGUCCUGACUGCUGGGUCCCUGAUGGGCCUGGGCGACAUUAUCUCACAGCAGCUGGUGGAGAGGCGAGGUCUGCGGGGACACCAGACUGGCCGGACCUUGACCAUGGUCUGUCUGGGCUGUGGCUUUGUGGGGGGCUUUGCCCCAUGUUUUCUAGGCUGUUUCCUCCCACUGGUAGGGACACUCAAUGGACUGUCAGCCCAAGACAACUGGGCCAAACUCCGGCGGGAUUACCCUGAUGCCCUCAUCACCAACUACUAUCUGUGGCCUGCUGUGCAGCUAGCCAACUUCUACCUGGUUCCCCUUCAUUACAGGUUGGCUGUUGUCCAGUGUGUUGCUGUUAUCUGGAACUCCUACCUGUCCUGGAAGGCACAUCGGCUCUAAGCCUGCCUCACGCCAUUGCUUCCGCUUUGCAAUGAUGCAGCUUCAGCUGACCUCCUCAAAACUGGCACAUCAGUUUUCACAGGGUUCAGUUGCUGGUCAGAAUUUAGGGGGGUUAGCACUAUGAAAUGGCCCAUUUCACUCUGAAAUGUAAACUGACUCCUUUUGAAUUUACUAAAACCUUUCUAAUGGUCUUAUGCCCACCACAUAGGGGCACCCCAUAAAUAUUUGUGCAACUAUAUGAUCUUGUUAACUUUAGUUUACAGCCACAUCCCAGCCAGUGCCACUCAUCCCCACUCUUCAUAAAUACAUCUGUUUUUCUAACCCUCUCCAGCAUUAGUGUAGCUCCAGUUCUUUGGGGAUGCCCCCUCAAACCCUUUAUGUGUUACCUCCGUAAAUAUGUUAUAAAUGUGUGAUCUGGAACUGCAGAGGCAAUGAGUAAGACCCAACAGAAAAAUACUAAGGAGUCAAAAUUUCUAGGGAUGGCAAGAAGCCUAGAGAUCGCCAAGCCCAAACUUCUUUUACAGAUGAGGACACUGAGGUCCAGAGAAGUGAGGUGACCUGUCCACACCAUGAGUUAGUGGCAUAAUAGAAACCGGAACCCACGUGCUGUAGAUCAAAUGUUUAAAUACCCCCCAAAUUCAUAUGGUGAAAACCCUAAGGCCCAAGGUGGUGGCAUUAGGAGGUGGGGCCUUUGGUUAUGAGGUCAGGCGAGCAGAGCCCUCAUGGAAUUAGUACCCUGAUCCUAGCGGCCUUGCGAGCACACAGCAAGAAGGCGCCACCUGUCAACCAGUAAGCAGAUCCUCGCCAGACACCGUAUCUACUGGUGCCAUGAUCUUGGACUUCCCAGCUUCCAGAACUAUGAGAAAUAAAUGUUUUUUGGUUAUAAGCCACCCAAUUUGUGGUCUUUUUGUUACAGCAGCUUGAAUGGACUAAGGCACCAUGUUUCCUUACUUCCUACCAGGUGAUCUUAACCUAGAGGUAAAGACAGAGUAAUACUGCUGUGAUUCCCAGGAGAAAAAUUAACUUGGCUAACCUACCACUUUGGGGCAAACUGAGAAGUAGAUGGACCAGCCUUUUGUGGUCUGAAGGCACUGUGAGGCCAGAAACCCUCUUUUUUUUAUGGUGCCUCAAUCAGGUCUAGAAUUUAGGUCCUGGGACUGGAAUAAGAUCAGGAAUUCUCGCCGACUUAGCCUGCCUCAGCUGCCUCUUGGGUGGGUACCAUGGUGGUGACUGAAUGCCAGCGGUGCACUCCUGGUAGUCUCAAUUUACAGAGCUGAUACCUGGGGCAAAGGACUGGGUCUGAGUAGCACAGCAUUCUCCCAAUGCCUCUGGCCCCUCUGGAGGCAGAAGACAGGGUCAGCACCACGGACAGCCCCAUGAUCCAGCCAUCCUUUUGUGUGCCAGAAAAGACUGGAGAUCUGGACUCUUCUGGUCUGGGGACCGGCCCUAGUCACGGCUGACUGUUCUAAGCUGGCAAAGGACACUCGUUGCUUCCAGAGCAAUUUUCAUGCCCCAGCCAGCUUCUCGCUCACUUGAGUCCGCUGUCGCUUCUAGCGCAAGCCCCAGAGACGCUCCCCUUGGGGUCCUGCCACCCGCUGGACUCGAAGCCAUGACCGUCAUUGCUCUACAAUCAGUGCAUGUUCCUCGCUGACGUCAGUCGGAGCUGUCCUGGAGCUAUAUAAGACUGGCGGCGGUCCCGGGACAGACCCCGUGUUUCCCAAGGCGUCCUCAGCCCGCCCCGAGGGACAGAGACUGACUGGAGCUCCCUCCUGCACUGUGCAGACGCUCUCUGG